AUGUGGGUGACUGAAAUGGCUGCUCUGUGGCCCUGCAUCCUGGCGGCUGCCUCAGGAAUUCUUGCUACGGAUACUUCUCAUGCCAGGAAUUCUGCUCUGUAUCAUCUCACCAAGCAGCUCUUACAGAAAUACCAAAAGGAAGUGAGGCCUGUUCAUGACUGGACCGAGGCCACCACCAUCUAUCUGGACCUGUCCGUUCAUGCCAUUUUGGAUGUGGAUGCACAAAAUCAAAAGUUAAAAACAAGUGUGUGGUACCGUGAGGUUUGGGAUGAUGAGUUUUUAUCCUGGAACCCCAGCCUGUUUGAUGAGAUCAGCGAGAUCUCUCUACCUCGAAGUGCCAUCUGGGCCCCUGAUAUCAUCAUUAAUGAAUUUGUGGACACUGAACGAUCCCCUGACCUUCCCUAUGUUUAUGUGAACUCAUCGGGGACAAUUAAGAACUCCAAGCCCAUCCAGGUGGUCUCUGCAUGUGGUUUAGAGACAUAUGCCUUCCCGUUUGACGUCCAAAACUGCAGCCUGACCUUCAAUAGCAUCCUGCACACAGUGGAAGAUGUAGACCUGGCCUUCUUGAGGAGCAGGGAAGACAUCAACCGCGACAACAUGGUUUUUCUGAAUGACAGCGAGUGGGAACUGCUUUCUGUGUCGUCUGUGUACAGCAUCCAGCAGAGCAGCAUCGGAGAUUUUGCACAGAUUCAGUUCAAUGUGGUGAUUCGCAGGCGCCCAUUGGUCUAUGUUGUGAGCCUGCUAAUUCCAAGUAUCUUCUUAAUGCUUGUGGAUCUGGGGAGUUUCUAUCUGCCACCCAACUGCCGAACGAGGAUCGUGUUCAAGACCAGUGUGCUGGUGGGCUAUACUGUCUUCAGGGUCAACAUGUCAAAUGAAGUGCCUCGGAGUGCAGGGAGCACUCCUCUGAUUGGGGUCUUCUUCACUGUCUGCAUGGCCUUCUUAGUCCUCAGCUUAUCCAAGUCCAUCCUGCUGGUCAAAUUCCUCCACGAUGAACAGCACAGUGGGCAGGAACAGUCCCUCUUGUGCCUUCUAGGGGAUACCGAAGCUAGCAGACCCAGAAUGGAACCCAGAACCCAGCACGCUGGGCUAACAGGAUCCUCAACUUGGCAAGACCAGCAGGCCCAGGCAGGGACCCUGAAUGAAGUCUGGCUACAGCUCCAGUUCAUCCACAACUCCCUUCGGAGUCAGGACCAGGUGGACCAGCAGGAGGCUGAGUGGCUGGCUCUCCUCUACCGCUUUGAUCAGCUGCUCUUCUGGAGCUACUUUGCUGUGCUGGGGCUGUACACCAUCACCCUGGGUUCCCUCUGGGCACUGUGGAGCGGCUUGUGAUGGCUGUAAUGGGCUCAUCUCCUUCAUGUGCUAGAAUUGUUCUUAUGGGGGGUGGGCACUGAAGGAGAAGGAAUGGUGGAUUUAGAAGUCCUCUCCUCAUUGCUUCUUUUCACUAAGGUUUAGAAUAGCAUCCAGCAGACCUAGGGGCAAUACAUUCAUGAUGAAACUGUCUGUCUAAACAGUACAAGCUACACAAGAAAACAUAGCCUUCCUUUAUAUCCCAGUACAUCCCUCCAAUGUAGUCAUCCUUUGUAAUUCCUUUCAGGAAACUUCUAGGCCUAUAUGUGCAUACAUGUAUGUUUAGACAGCUUCUUUUUUUAAGUGUAGGGGGUUGCAUUAUGGCUUAGACCCACUGCCAUGCCUGUGACGAUGGUAUCCCGUAUGAGCACUGAUUGAGUCAUG